AGUUUUUCGUGCAUUGAAUUGAGUGAUCGUCCAGGGCAAUGGGCGACCGCAAUAACCCCAUCAAGUUCGGACCAGAGUGGCUGCGCAAUUUGGCACGAGAACGUAAUGCCAGCAUUCAGGGCUCCAACAAUCAAAACGCGCUGCUGGCCUCGGGGAACGGCGCCAGUCCCGGGGCAGGCAGCGGCGCACCAGUCCGGGCUACCUCGCCAGUCCCGGGAAAUCCACUUUGCGCUGCGAAUACUACGCAAAAAAUACAUCUUGCAAAACUUCGAUAUGGCAGAGAAGAAAUGCUUGCACUUUAUGACAGGACCGUUGAAGCACCUUCAGAGUUAAAAUCUAUAGACCAACUUUAUCAACCUAGAGGCAAACCACCAUUUGCGCUGCACAAUACUUUUGAAGAGGAAAUGGUAAAAUUAUAUUAGUGUGUUAAUUAUUAAGAGUGCUAUUACAUUUCGGGGUUGAGCGAGUUUAGGUAUUUUACGCGCUGCGGCAGGCCGUGCGAGCUCAGUAUUCCGAUCCCUUCUACCACACUCGCACUACAAUGAUGGAUUAAACAUUCUUGAUCCUUCGCGAAGCAUAUUGAAAUCAACCAUAACAACACUAACUGUACUUAACUUAUAAAGUCCUAAAACUGUUAUUUGGUAAGUACGAAAAUACUAAAUGCAGUGCAAAUGUACAUAGGGGCUGUUCAUAAAUUACGUCAUCUAUUUUUGACCCCCCCAUCCCUCAAAUCAUCCAAAAAUCAUGCUUCGGAUGACUCUGUUUCCUCCUACGUCAUGCUACCAUCAUCCGAUGUCCAGACCCCCCCCCCCCCCUCCUCCCAUUUGAAACGACGUAAUUUAUGAAUAGCCCCAUACUCGUACUUAUGAACGUAUAUUACUCGAAAGAAAUUAUAGGUACUCGCUUAUUUACAAGAAACAAGUUACAAGAAACUGAAGAUACACAGGGUCUGAUGAUGGAGCUGGAAGGUGGCCACGGGUAC